CCCGAAGAGGAGACACUCCUACAGAUGGUACAACCCAGGACACGGCCAUGUCUGGCACACCAAGCACUUCAUCGUCUUCUACUAUCAGCCACACACCUUCCGCAGUGACAGAAAUACCCACACCAUCAGCCUCCCCUGGGGACACCUCAUCAUCUUCCAGUGAAAGCAGCACAUCACCAACAGUAUCACAGGUCCUGACGACACUGAUGGCAACAGACACCCCAGCAGGCACAACAAGGCACACGUCACCACCUGAAACGGGAAGUGUUACUCCAGUCAGCUCAACAGGCUCAAUGACAGGUGGACCAGGGGGACACUCAACAGCACACUCUUCCCUGACUUCUACUCCAGAGACAACAGAGUCAUCUCAGGGUUACAUGACCCAGACCAUGGAGACCAGCACAGAGUCUGCAACCAGCAGUGUCUCAGUGAUGAUCACAUCCACUCCCUCAUCCUCCCAAAGAGGUGACACACCUACAGAUGACUCAACCCAGGACAUGGCCUUGUCUGACACACCAAGCACUUCAUCCCUUUCCAGUGUCAGCCACACACCUUCCGCAGUGACAGAAAUACCCACACCAUCAGCCUCCCCUGGGGACACUUCAAGAUCUUCCAGUGGAAGCAACACAUCACCAAUGACAUCACAGGUCCCGACGACACUGAUUGCAUCAGACACCCCAGCAGGAACCACGGGACACACGUCACCACCUGAAACAGGAAGUGUUACACCAGUCAGCUCAACAGACUCAAUGACAAGUGGACCAGGGGGACACUCAACAGCACACUCUUCCCUGACUUCUACUCCAGAGACAACAGCGUCAUCUCAGGGUCACUCCACCCAGACCAUGGAGACUAGCACAGAGUCUACAACCAGCAGUGUCUCAGCGAUGAUCACAUCCUCUCCCUCAUCCUCUCGAAGAGGAGACACUCCUACAGAUGACUCGACCCAGGACACGGCCUUGUCUCACACACCAAGCACUUCGUCCCCUUCCAGUGUCAGCCACACACCUUCCACAGUGUCAGAAAUGGCCAUGCCAUCAGCCUCCCCUGGUGACACCUCUUUGGUUCCCAGUGUAAGCAACACAUCAGCAACGACAUCAGAGGUCCCGACAACACCACCAAUUGCAACAGACACCUCAGCAGGAACCACAAGGCACACGUCACUACCGGUAAUGGGAAGUGUUACCCACAUCAGCUCAACAGGCCUAAUGACAAGUGGACCAGGGGGACACUCAACAGCACACUCUUCCCUGACUUCUACUCUGGAGACAACAGAGUCAUCUCAGGGUCACUCCACCCAGGCCAUGGAGAUCAGCACAGAGUCUGGAGCCAGCAGUGUCUCAGCGAUGAUCACAUCCUCUCCCUCAUCCUCCCGAAGAGGAGACACUCCUACAGAUGGCACAACCCAGGACACGGCCAUGUCUGGCACACCAAGCACUUCAUCGUCUUCUACUAUCAGCCACACACCUUCCGCAGUGACAGAAAUACCCACACCAUCAGCCUCCCCUGGUGACACCUCAUCAUCUUCCAGUGGAAGCAACACAUCAGCAACGACAUCACAGGUCCUGACGACACCGAUUACAACAGACACCCCAGCAAGCACCACAGGACACACGUCACCACCUGAAACGGGAAGUGUUACACCAGUUAGCUCAAUAGGCUCAAUGACAAGCGGACCAGGGGGACACUCAACAGCACACUCUUCCCUGACUUCUACUCCAGAGAAAACAGCAUCAUCUCAGGGUCACAUGACCCAGACCAUGGAGACCAGCACAGAGUCUGCAACCAGCAGUGUCUCAGCGAUGAUCACAUCCACUCCCUCAUCCUCCCGAAGUGAACACACACCUACAGAUGACUCGACCCAGGACAUGGCCUUGUCUGACACACCAAGUACUUCAUCCCUUUCCAGUGUCAGCCACACACCUUCCGCAGUGACAGAAAUACCCACACCAUCAGCCUCCCCUGGGGACACUUCAAGAUCUUCCAGUGGAAGCAACACAUCACCAAUGACAUCACAGGUCCCGACGACACUGAUUGCAUCAGACACCCCAGCAGGAACCACGGGACACACGUCACCACCUGAAACGGGAAGUGUUACACCAGUCAGCUCAACAGACUCAAUGACAAGUGGACCAGGGGGACACUCACCAGCCCACUCUUCCCUGACUUCUACUCCAGAGACAACAGCGUCAUCUCAGGGUCACUCGACCCAGACCAUGGAGACCAGCACAGAGUCUGGAGCCAGCAGUGUCUCAGCUGGGAUCACAUCCACUCUCUCAUCCUCCCAAAGUGAAGACACACCUACAGAUGGCACGACCCAGGACAUGGACACGGCCUUGUCUGGCACACCAAGCACUUUGUCCCCUUCCAGUGUCAGCCACACACCUUCCGCAGUGGCAGAAAUACCCACACCAUCAGCCUUCCCUGGUGACACCUCAUCAUCUUCCAGCAAAAGCAACACAUCAGCAACAACAUCACACGUCCCCACAGAGUCAGUAGUAGGAAACAGCACUGCUGGCAACACAGGGCUCAUGCCACCAGGUGUCACGGGAAGUGUUACCCCAGUCAGCUCAACAGGCUCAAUGACAACUGUAGUAGAGCGACACUCAACAGCAUUCUCCAGCCGCACUCUGAGCACUCAGACCUCAGGAACCACAGUAACUUCCCUGGCGAUAGGCAGCCAGAGUAGCACAACAACAUCACUAUCUUCAACAACCUCGCGGACGCUCACUACUCUCCCUCCGGCAGCAUCCACGGCACACUCAACGGCUGCCCCAGUCCCCAUCAAGCCAGAGAAAGGCGUUUCCCUCUUCCCUUACGGGCCAAGUGUUGGAGACAGGGAGUUUGUCGAGAGGACCACGGACUUCACCUCACCACUCUUCAGGCCCCAGAUUGGCUUCCUUCUUGGCUCCUCUCUCCGGGAUUACCUCUAUUUCACAGAUAAUGGCCAGAUCAUUUUCCCGGAGUCAGAGUACCAGAUUUUCUCCUACCCCAAUCCUCCCCUUAGAGGCUUCACAGGCAGGGACCCUGUGGCCAUGGUGGCUCCAUUCUGGGACGAUGCUGAUUUUUCCAGUGGCCAGGGGACCAUAUUUUACCAGGAAUAUGACACGCUCUAUCAUGAACACAACCUGCUAGUCCAGCAGGUGGAGUCUUGGAUUAAUAAAUUCACUGACACCAGGAACUACAAAGCCGAGUGGACCCUAAAGGUCACCUGGGUCAAUGCCCCUGCCUAUCCUGCCGGGCGGACCUUCGGGACCAGCACCUACCAGGCCAUCCUCUCCACAGACGGCAGCAGGUCCUACGCCCUGUUUCUUUAUCAGAGCGGCGGCAUGCAGUGGGAUGUGACCCAGCGCCCAGGCAACCCGGUGCUCAUGGGCUUCUCCAGCGGAGACGGGCUCUGCGGCCACAGCGCGCUGUCCUCUGGGCCCACGUGGAAGAGGUACCAGCCCGACCGGCUCCUGAACACCCACACAGGCCUCCGGGGCCUGCAGCUCUACAGCCUGCACCAGGAAGAAAGGCCCAACUACCGUCUCAGGUGCCUGCAGUGGUUGAAGACACAGCCUCAGUGGCCCACGUGGGGCUGGAACCAGGUCUCCUGCCCUUGCUCCUGGCAGCAGGGACUGUGGGACUUGCGGUUCCAGCCUAGCAGCAUAGGCUGGUGGGGCCUCGGCAGCAGGCAGCUGUGCAGCUUCUCCUCCUGGCGCGGGGGCGUGUGCUGCAGCUACGGGCCCUGGGGCGAGCUUCUCCAAGGCUGGAGGGUGCACGAUCCUUGGCAGUUUGGCCGAGAACUGGAGCCCCAGAACUGGUGCUGCCGCUGGAGCGACCGGCCCGUGCUCUGCGCCCUGUACCAGCAGAGGCGGCCCCGCGUGGGCUGCGCCGGGUACCGGCCCCCGAGGCCCGCCUGGAUGUUUGGGGACCCCCACAUCACCACCUUGGAUGGUGCCAAUUACACGUUCAAUGGGCUGGGUGACUUCCAGCUGGUCCGGGCCUGGGACGGAAACUCCUCCUUCCUGCUGCUGGGUCGCACCGCCCAGACCGGCUCCGCCCGGGCCACCAACUUCAUUGCCUUUGCAGCGAGCUAUGAGGCCCGCAGCCUGAGCCCCGUCACGGUCCGAUGGCUCCUCGAGCCCAAUGACACGGUCCGCGUGCAGGUCAACAACCAGACUGUGACGUUUGAGACUCAGCACGAAGGCCGGGAGACAUUCAACAGCACCGGCGUCACGGUGACCCGCGCGGGCUCCGUGGUGUCGGCCGCCUUCGACGGGGCGGUGGCCGUCUCGGUGAGGGCCCUGUCCAACAUCCUCCACGCCUCGUGCGGCCUCCCCGCGGAGUACCGGGGGCGCACCGAGGGCCUCCUGGGAGUUUGGAAUGGCAAUCCAGGAGACGACUUCAGGAUGCCCAAUGGCUCCAGCAUUCCCGGCAAUAGCAGCGAGGCCUCACUUUUUCACUACGGAAUGACCUGGAAAACCAAUGAUACGGGACUCCUUGGCGAGAGAGGUGACCAUCCGCCUUCCAACUUCACCCCCGAUUUCCUUACCAGCCUGCAGAAAAAUAAAACCUUAAAUGAAACGCUGCUCUCCAAGUGUCAUGAAGAUGAGCGGUGCAUCUAUGACAGCCUGGCCACAGGAAACACAGACACGGGCCUGAACACCAGGAUGCUCUUCGCAAGUCAGCAGCGGAUGAACGCCACCCUCAAUGAGUACCCCCCGUCGAUCGAGGGUCCGCACGCGGUGCAAGCCUACCUGGGGCAGACCACGCUGGUUCAGUACACCAGCCACCCUGAGCACGUCACAUUCACUCUGAGGAACAGCAAUAGUGACUUCAAGCUCUUCGAGAACGGGACACUGCUGUGGACACCAAAGUCCUUGGAACCAUUCACCCUGGAGAUUCUAGCAAGAAACGUCAAAGUCAACUUGUCAUCUGUGCUCCAGCCAAGGACAGUGGUCUGCGCUUGCAAGGACAGGAGCCAGUGUCUAUAUAAUCAGACGGGCUGGAUGGGCAAUUCCUCCCUGGAGGUGGCCCGCUGCAGGUGUGGCUCCAGCACCUUUGGCCACUACUGCGAGCGCUCCAGGGACCAGUGCGAGGCGCCGUGCUUCGCGGGUGUGGCCUGCGUCCCUGGGAGGGGCUGCGAGGCCUGCCCCCCGCACCUGACGGGCGACGGGCGUCACUGUGCAGCUCUGGCCCCCGGGCUGCACUGUGGGAACCGGUCCUGCCCCGCCAGUUACUGCUACAACCGGGGCCACUGCCACGUGUCCCCCGAGAGGGACUGCCAGCCGGCCUGCACCUGCCACCCCGCCUUCUCGGACAGCCGCUGCCUGGUGGCGGGGAACCCCUUCACUCCGGCCGCCCCUGCAGGGCUUCCGGUGAGGCUCAUCCAACUCUGGCUCAGUGAAGAAGAAAAUGCCUCCGUGGCCGAUGUCAACGCCUCGGUGGCCUACAGACUGGGGAACCUGAAUGUGCGGGCCUUUCUCCAGAACUCCGAAGUGCUACAGAUCAAUUCCAGUGCAGCGCCGGCCUCGGGAAGUUUACGUAGACACUGGAGAGUCUUCUCGAAGUUCCAGUACCUUCCUCAGGGUCCCGUCAUCGACUUCCUGAACACCAAGCUGCUGGAUGCAGUGGUGGAAGCGUUCUUACCCCAGGCCUCGUGGUGGAGGAAGAACAGAAGUGGGAGGCCCAGGACCGACGUGAACUUCCACUCCAUCUCCAGGGAAGACGUGCACAGUGUGCUGGCUCUGAACGUGAGCACGCUGAAGGCUUACUUCAAAUGCAACAGCUACAAGGACUACCGCCUGGUCUACAGCCCCCAGAGCGGCUUCACCUGCGUGUCCCCGUGCAGUGAGGGCUAUUGUAAGCACGGAGGCCAGUGUCAGCACCUGCCCCAAGGGCCCCGCUGCAGCUGUGUGCCUUUCUCCAUCUACACGCCCUGGGGCGAGCGCUGUGAGCAUCUGGGCAUGAAGCUCAGUGCCUUCUUCGGAAUCCUCUUUGGAGCCCUGUUCAUCCUCCUGCUGCUGGGGGCUGUGGGGUUUGCGGUCCUGUACUUCUGGCGCUUCUGGCGCUACUCCCCCGGGAACCACUACUCCCACCGCCUGGACUCAGAAGGCUGAGGCCUGGCCCCAAAGGGGCAGCUGUGACCUAGGAUACCUCAGGACCCACCCCAGCCUCACCCACACACUUGCAGGUGGCACCGAUCCUUUGAGGAGACUCAGAAAAAUGUGCUUAAAGGUGACUCAGGAUUCUUCAAGGAAAUACAUAAUAAUAAAGACAAGACCACACCUUCUCAGUCAAUACAGAGACAGACAGGAAGGAGCCAUAAAGACCCGGAUGAAUUCUCUCACAGAUGUACCCACAAGGAUACCGAUCCACAAACACACACAUCAGAGUUACUAAUGGGCUGAUGGCUCCAAGUUAAAAGCCAAAAUUCAUCUGUAUAAAAAAACCCUCCAGUUUCCUUCUAGUUGAAGUCUAUUUAAGUAAAAUCCUUCUGACUUUGUGUUUCCAAA